CUGAGUUUGUGCCUGUGGAUGCACUCUGAGAUUUACUAUCUGUGCAGCUUCAAAGAUCGAAUCUGCGCAAACGAGUGCAUAUCUGUGUUGUUUCCGUGACGAUUUCUCAACCGACGAGAAACUAUGAACGGAGCUCCGGACACUGCACUACUUGUUGAGCAAUUGCGCAAACAGAUUGCAGAUCUAAAAAGUCCAGAAGAACCGAAUUUUCUAAACAGUGAUGAAACUCUAGUACGCUUCCUGAAAUCUCGAGAUUGGGAUAUGGAGGCCACGGAAAAAAUGCUGCGCAAAACCAUAACUUGGAGAACUGAGUUUCGUCCAUUUGCUCUGGAUUGCAAUCACUGCCGAACACAUCCAGGUUCACACACAUUACGUCAAAUUGGCUUCGAUCAAGCCAACCGACCAGUCAUCUACGCCACCUUCUACUCAGCCUUUCCAUCACAACGGAACCCAGCAGUUGAAGCCCUGACACACUUGAUCUAUGUUUUUGAAAAUGCCGUACGGAGCAUGCAGCCCGGUGUAAGCCAGUGGGUAUUUGUUCUGGACUGUGCUGAUGAGUGCUAUCAAUUGUUCCCCUCGUCUCGGCUACGAGUGUGCACAAGUGUUGUCCAACCACUAUCCAGAGCGCCUGGGAUUGGCCAUCUGCAUCCGGCCCGGUCCAAUGUUCAAGGUAGCGUGGCAGGCCAUUAAACCAUUCCUACCUAUCCAGACAGCGAAUAAGGUCUGUAUUGUGAACAGCAAGUCACAGCUGCAACCGACGCUUGAACAACACUUCCCCAAGUCCAUUGUCCAAUGGCUAACGGAAGAGUACAACCUCAACCGAGCCGAACCAAAGUUAUCCCGGUACCGACCGUUUUGGUUACACAGACCAGACACAGACGGCAGUCACGAUCCGAGAGGUGACAAGCCCUACGUUGACAACUGGGUUGUUAAAACACAUUCAAGCGGGCAUUUACCACAUCCCAAUAUGAUCGAUUACCUUUCGGGAAAACUCCGGUCUACCGCGAACUUGAUGGAACUAAACGAACAAGUGGACAUGGUUGAAGAUGAUGAGAUGGCUGAAGUGGAUGAGGCCACUGCCAAAAAGCUCUUGGCUUCUUUGCCAAGUCAGUACCAAAUUCCUGUGGAUGCAAAAACAGCGGCAACUAACUGAAGGCAGUGGCUCAAUAAGUCAAUUUUCCUUACAUUUGUCCUACUGGUGAACACAUAUUCCUGUACGUAUACUUGCAUAUCGAUUGAGACUAUAUUCGUUUUUAUCGGUGACCUGAUGUGUAUAUCAUAUGCUUUUUGAGUAGAUCAUUUGCCCAACAGGAACUUUCAACAAGUGAAUAAAAUCCUUCCUUUCGAG